UUUGGGGGGGUGCAUUAUUUUAUUUGUUAUUUACUAAACAGACUAUCAACAAAAUGUGUAUGAAGAUUCAUUUUUGAUAAAAGGUCAAAUAGAAAAUCGCAGAGGAAAUAGGAGGAUUCAGCCCAGAGGAGACCAAUCAAGAACAGAAUCACAUUACGGAUUAGCUGUUGGUAAUUAGAGUCGGCCGAAGAAGAAGAAGCUGAGCGAGCAGACAGCAACACAGACAAGAGGAUUAUUAUUACUGGAUUAUCGCCACUAUUUUAGCAUAUAUCAUAUUUAUUCCCAGCCAUGGAGUUGUCUGAAAUACUGUACAACAAAGCAGAGUACAUUGAAACGGCUUCCGGUAACAAAGUGAGCAGACAGUCUGUGCUGUGUGGGAGUCAAAACAUCGUACUCAAUGGCAAAACUAUUGUCAUGAAUGACUGCAUCAUCAGAGGAGACCUGGCUAACGUCAGGGUGGGCAGACACUGUGUGGUGAAGAGCAGGAGCGUCAUUCGACCACCAUUCAAAAGUUCAGCAAAGGGGGUGGCGUUCUUUCCGCUUCACAUCGGAGACCACGUCUUCAUCGAGGAGGACUGCGUGGUCAACGCAGCACAGAUAGGUUCCUACGUCCACAUUGGCAAGAACUGUGUCAUAGGUCGUCGCUGUGUGCUCAAGGACUGCUGCAAGAUCUUAGACAACACGGUGCUCCCUCCUGAGACCGUGGUGCCGCCUUUUACCGUCUUCUCCGGAUGCCCAGGUCUAUUUUCAGGAGAGCUCCCAGAGUGCACGCAGGACCUCAUGAUCGAUGUAACCAAGAGUUAUUACCAGAAGUUCUUGCCGCUCAGCCAGAUCUGAGUCCUGCCUCAAAACCGCCAGUCGGAUCCACACCCUCUCCAGCCAGUUCCAGGUCGGGGUCUCUCACCAGAAACAAGGACUCUUAAGAGCUCUCCUUCUAUCCUCCACCUCACAAAGGCCCCGACUUUCUCUGCCCCAAGGACACACAUGUUGUCCUUUUAAAGAACAUUUAUAUGAUUUUACAGUAGUUUAUAGCUGCAGGAGGCAAUUGUGCAUGUUUGCAGCUCCAAAUUGCAACGCGAGUCUUGAAGUCUUUGCUAAACCAGAAGCUCAAGGACCUCGGAGCGGCUGCCGAUGAUCACAAUCUUCGCUCACCGGCAGCAGCCGCAGGUUAAGGGGAGGAGCUACGGGAGGGAGGAGAAGUGUGCAGGUGUGUAUGAACAAAGCUUGAAAUAAUACUGUACGACACCCGUGGACCAAAUCAAAAGCAUCAGCGGUAGUGAUUGAGGAUGUUGGCUGUUUAUGUGCAUCCCUCAUGUCCACAUUUCAUUUUGGAAAACGUAGAAGGAAACUUAAAUCAGCGAUUUGUGAAAUGUGUUCUCUUUUAUUCCGUCGUUUUAUUUCUAAGGUUGAAGAGCUCGUUUUCUUUCUCCUUCACUGGCUCACGGAAUUCAUCAUAAAGCUUAUUUAAUACCGUGUGGAAUUUUUAUUUUGUUAUGUUUUCAAAGGAUAAACUGCCCCCCGUGUUCAGCCAAAGCCAACAUCGAAAACAGUUCAGCAAUUAAAUAAAUAUAAAUGCUUGAAAAAAAUCAA